AUGGGUGUCGGCCGUCGUAUGAAGAAGCAGGGCCCUCCCGAGCCGCUGUCAGAAGAGCAUUAUGCGAAGCUAAAGCGAAAGGCCGGAUUACCUGUAGACGAUGUCCCCACCGAGGCGCCGAGUAAGAAGAAGCGGAGGACCACGACAGAAGCAGCACCAUCUGUCAAGCCGAACGGCGACGGCUCGAAGAAACCAACCCCAAACUCCAACAGCGGGGGUAAACCCAACCGCGCGAAGGCUGCACCUGUGCCGACUCCCAAACAAAAUGGGAAGAAUGCGAAGUCGAAAACGAAGAAACCCGUGCCGGAGCCAGAGUCCGAUGAGGAUAUCAGCGAUGGUCUCGGGGAGGGACUCGAUGACCCAGAGUUGGACAAUGACGAGUUCUCUGAUUUAGACGUAGAUAAAGUGGGCGGUCUGGGUGACGACUUCCUGGGCUCGAAUGACUCCGUCUUCGAUUCGGACGAGGACCAGAGGGACCGAAAGGCCAUGUUCUCAGAAGAUGAAGACGACUCGGACGCCGAAGAGAGACUCACGGCGGCCAACAUCGCUGGAUUGUCGAGGAAAUUGGACGAGCAAAAGGCGCAGGAGGAGGCGGAUGCGCAAGCGGAGCUGGAAGAAGCAGCACUCCAGACUAACAUCGAGCGACCACAUGUCCUUGACGACGAAGAACAAGACGAUCUAGCGCUGAAGACGAAGGCCCUCUUAGCGCCGGAUUUGCAGCUGCUAAGGACGAGGAUCACGGAUACGAUACGCGUACUAGACGACUUUUCCCACCUGUCAGAGGAGGGCCGUUCAAGGGCUGAAUAUACCGCGCAGCUGUUGAAAGACAUUUGCGCCUACUACGGCUACUCGGAGUACCUCGCCGAGAAACUCCUAAACCUAUUCCCGCCGCGAGAAGCGUUUGCCUUCUUUGAGGCCAACGAGACGGCGAGACCAGUUGUCAUCCGAACAAACACUUUACGCACGCACCGCCGAGACCUAGCCCAGGCCUUGAUAAAUCGCGGCGUUACUCUAGAACCCGUUGGAAAGUGGUCCAAGGUCGGACUCCAGAUUUUCGAGAGCAGCGUUCCUAUCGGUGCUACGCCCGAGUAUCUCGCAGGCCACUAUAUCCUACAAGCCGCGUCCUCAUUCCUACCCGCCAUGGCUCUAGGCCCGCAAGGAGGCGAACGAAUACUGGAUAUGGCUGCUGCCCCAGGUGGUAAAACAACGCACAUGGCCGCCAUGAUGAAGAACACCGGUUGCAUCUUCGCUAACGACCCUAGCAAGGCUCGUGCGAAGGGUUUAAUUGGCAACGUUCACCGCCUCGGCGCUCGUAACGUUGUCGUCUGCAACUACGACGCCCGAGAAUUUCCCAAAGUGAUUGGCGGCUUCGACAGGGUACUUCUCGAUGCUCCGUGCUCGGGUACGGGGGUUAUCGCCAAGGAUCCCUCGGUUAAGACGAACAAGGACGAGAAGGACUUCAUGGUCCUGCCGCACACGCAGAAGCAGCUUCUUCUGGCUGCUAUUGACUCGGUCAACCACGCGAGCAAGACCGGCGGCUACCUCGUCUACUCUACAUGCUCGGUCACCGUCGAGGAGAAUGAGCAGGUGGUUCAGUACGCGCUGAACAAGCGACCGAACGUCAAAUUAGUCUCGACAGACCUCCCUUUCGGCAAGGAAGGCUUCACCAAGUACAUGGGAAAAAGGUUCGACGCGAGUCUACGCCUGACGCGGCGGUACUACCCCCACAGUUACAACGUCGACGGCUUCUUCGUCGCCAAGUUCCAAAAGACCGGCCCGACGCCCGCCAACCUCGUCAAGGACAAGGCUUCCCAAGCCGGCGCCGCGCCGCGGGUGGAAGACGAGGAAGAGGUCGUCGACAAGACGCCCAUCGCGGCGGACGACGAGGAGACCGGCGCGCAGGAGCCCUUCGGCGGCUUCGACGACGACGAAGAUGCGAAGUACAUAGAGCGGGCAAAGCGGAAUGCCAUGAGAAGACGCGGCCUCGAUCCGAAGGCGCUGCAAAAGCCGAAGGCGCUGCAAAAGCCGAAGGCUAACGGGCAGGGGAAGCCGAAAGCGAAGAACGGCGAUGAUGCGCAGGGAAAGGGAGAGGGGAAAGGGGAAGCCAAGGCGAAGAGUAAAAAGAAGAUAUAG